ACGUCUUGUUUUAAGUUUUAUUGGUUUCAUAUGUUUUAUAUUAAGUAGCAAUUGUUAUUUCCUGCAAUUUACUUUUGUAAGCUUAUCAAAUAUAUCAAUCCUCACGAAAAUUAUAAUUAGGUAUUGUCAGAUAAAUAUUGUUCGUUUUUAUCGUUAUGCAAUUAAAAAUUUAUUGACCUCUAUCGGAGACAGAGCUUAUCCCUUCUUCUCUGGGAGAAGUUAUACUUGCGAACUAAUAUUUGUGAGUCGACUAUUCACGCAAGAUCGGUUGCUGGAAAUAUUCAUAGAUCGAUCCAUGUAAAAUCGUCUGCAAAUUAUUCGCCUUACACAUAUCAGAAAAACUGAAAAUAUGGUCGACCAAGUAAACAUGCUGUUGCUGAUAUAUAACUCACGUAUUGGUAAUAUUUGAAGGAUAAACGUUACAAGAGCGUUAAUUUCCUUAAGAGAAAUAUAUAUAUAACGAACGAUAGGCCCUUAACAGACGAUUCCAGUUCUGUCUGAAAACUCGGUUAGUCCAUGUAAUCGCAAUUAAGACAGAUCAGCGCGCAAUUAAUUCGACGACAAGAAAAGAAUAUCUGCAGUAUAUAUCACAAUAUUACACACCGGCACUGAUAGUGCAGAAAAUAAAAAAGGAAUAACAAAACAAAUAAGAUUUGUAGAGAUAUAUUUAAUAAGUUGCAUUAUUAAGUUGCGUUAAUCACAAUUGUAAUUGUGAAUAUUCACUUGUAACAUGUAUCGACUGUCCAAAUCACUGAAAUAUCCUUUAUUACGACAACAAACUCACGACAAAAAAGAUGUCGCGAGUAAAGAUUUAGAUUGGCACAAAGUUGGUGAAGUUAAAGCGAUAUACACAUAUCCUAUGUUCGAAGGUCGUAGAGUAUACACUCCUAUAUGCAUUAUUUCCGAGCUUGGCAUGUUUGGAAUAGCAUUCAAGAAGAAUGUUCAUGAUUUUUUUCGUUAUCGAAAUGAAAUGUUUGCAGCAUACAACUGCAAAACCAAUUGCAUCAUCAAAGCUAUCGACAACAUCAAGAUACGCGAUAUUGAAGCAACAUAUUUGGACAACGCCAAUGUAAAAAUAUCAUUUUUUUCAUCAUUUAUUACAGUAAACCUGCAUAAGAUCUUAGUGAGCAAAGUCAUUAAGUGCAUAACAUCAUUCUGUCAUAAACCCGUCGUUAUAAUGUUGUGCUUCGAUUGCGGGCCAGAAGCAACUGAAUGGAUUUCCAGGUGUCUAGGCGACAAGGAUGCUCGAUUAGCAUAUCAUGCGCUAGAGAAACCCAAGCCUAAAACUCCAUACUGGAAACUCUGUCAGAGAUUACAUAGCGCACAACAAGAUGAAAAGUUUUAUGGGGCAGAAUUAGAUGAGAGAUUUUAUGAGCGGCCAUCUUUCACACCCAUACUCGAUUACAAAUUGUCGCCGCUUCUAAACUAUGACCUGUUAAGCAAGCCUUUGACCUCGGCUGUACAGCCGCAAAAACUUCGAUCCAAUAUUAUUAUUAAAGUUGAUAAAUUUGAUGAUUUAUCUGGAUGGAAGUGGAUCAUGAUCGGCAGUACUAUCCUGAAAUAUCCAAAAUAUUUGCCAAGAAGGCAAAAAUUUGAUUUGGAGACUACACCUAUUGAAUUGCUAGUAAAAUUUAUACCAUUACAUUGCGAACUGUUACUUUCUGGAAUAAUGAAAGUGGGCGAAGACGUGUUCGUGAAAAAGGCUCCCCCACCACUAGAGACGAUUGUUUAAAAAUAUCUGCUUAUUUUAUCUUUUGAUUUAAUUUUGUUGAUUUCAUUUUGGAUAAGAAAUAGCAAUGAUAACAUUUUAUUUGUUACCUUUUAUCAGACGAAUAGACAUUUUAAUCUCCACGAAAAUUAUGUAUAUAAUUGGAUAUACUUCAAUAAAUAAAUAAGACAAACUCUAUUACUCGAUA